UUGCUGCAUUUCAAAGAAACUGACAGUUGCCUUUCUCCAUUCAGGGCAAGUUUGAAUUUGAACCUUGUGACUAUGAGAAGCAAUUGCUGAGACUUCUAAGUAGAAAAGAGCACACUGGUUUGAUCAUCAACAAUCCUUCACAAUCACUGUUCUUCUUUGUCAACAAACAUCAGUUACAGGCUGAAAAGAGUAAAGUUGCAGUGUUCAAGAUAUCAAGUAUCUGUCUUCAUAUACCACAAGACCAAUUGACUCACUGGGGAACUGAACUCAGAGAACACGUCCUGGCACCUUUUAUGCCCGAUUGAGCCAUUUUAUUGAUAAGCUGAUCUUGUAUUAACAGAAACUAAGAACUGGCACCCGUCUUUCUGCGUUUAUGAUUUUGUCUGCCCAAUACCUGUCUAAUUUGUUUGAUCCUGUGAGAUUAACAGUCCUGAUGUUGACUCUGUGUUCAUUUUGCAGUGCUGUGUAAAUGACACUAAUAGUCACUUGGCUUUUGCUGAAGUUAAUUUUUGCCUAAGAGAUUAAAGUUCAAGAAAAUAUCUGUCACUCAACCGAACUGUCAAUAAAGAUCUCUUUUCGGAACUUUUAGUGUCUUACAGUUAAUUGUGGUAACUGAAAAGAGUGUUUACAGCCAACAACGAAAAAUAUGUUUCGAUUUCGUUUCUGUCGAAAGAGUUCCUUGAAUUUUUUUUUCUUUUUUAGAUCGAAAUGUUUCCACUAAUAGGUGGCAGCCCCCGUUUUGCAAUUUAGGAAAUGCAGUGAACGGAAACCAAACAAUGGGAGUAUACAUAGAAAGACAAAGUGAAACUUUUUAAUGGUAAUAGGACUGAAUGGAGUCCAAUUCGGUCUGUAAAUAUACAAGUGAUUAACAAAAUCGGCGGGAGUCCGAUUUGUUAAUCACAAGUAUGAUUAUUAGACCUUAAAAUUAGACCUUCGUAGUGACUAGUUCGUAGACGAAUUAUUGACUUCUCAGCUGGCGUUUGGACGAGUCGUUUUCUGUCCCCCACUGAGCGUCAUUUUUGCCAAAAGAUUUCUUCCUUUUGGAGGAAGAAUGGACAUGUCAAUUAGCAGGUGAAGCCGUUGAUAAUUGGUUUUGUGAUGCUUAUUGUGGCUGGAACUGCUUUUCUUAUCAGCUAAUGACUAUCUGGUUCGCUUCCACCAUCCUAAAAAUCCCCUUGAACUUUUCCAGUUGUUUUGUUAACUGUCGCAAGGUGCUUUUAGCCAAUCAGCAAAAAGAUGUCUUAGCCAAUCAGCUACCAAAGCUAAACCCCCUCAUUGGGCGGCUUGGCUUAGCUUUUCUUGCCACCCGUUACAUGGCCAAACCCAUCAAACACCUUUGAUCUACUCUUAUUUUGUUUACAUAGCACGUUUGAUGUAGUGCAAAUGAAAAUUCACCAGUAUAAAGCAGUAGUUUGGGGUGUAAGACGCUUUUUGUUUUCCCAAAACUUGUCCUUCGAUUUUUUGCCAAGUUAGUAUAAUUCGUUAAAAGAAAACGGAUGUACCGCUUGUCUCUGCGCUUACGAAUUGUUAACAUCCAAUGUUGGAAACCCAAAACGUUGUUAGCGAGAAGUCGAUGUCAAAACAAAUUAACCAAAUUAAUCAAGCGGUCAUUUGAUGUCGUUACGCCCGACAGAGCGACAGCAGAAUUGUUUUCCAGGAUUAAUAUAAUCAUUUUAUUGGUUCGAUCCGCUCCAUUAGUUCAAACAAACAUUAGCAUUCAUAGGCGAUGCGUGGCGUAAUUAGCACUUUGUUUUGGAUUUUGUAGAGUACACAAAAGCUUUAUUUCUACUAUAUAUUUGUCAUUCCUGCCAAAGAAUGCAUUUCUUUCCAACAGAUUCGUAACUUGCUUGUUAAUCUCUGACUUAAACAAAUGCACGAGGAGGAUUCUAGCACAGCCAUGGAAGGGUCGGCAUCAGUUUUGGAAUUAGGAAAUCGUCGUUUGUUUGAACCGCAAAAACUUCGAAAGCGUGUAUCAUUCAAAGAUGAAGCUUGGGUUAUUAAUAUUCCCGCUGGUGAGGAAAGCGAUGUGGAUUUGCGAAGGAGUGUUAUAUUGACCAGAAACGCUGUUGCGAACGGAACGCUCACACCGAGUCGACGACCAAGUUUAGAAACGUUUUCUAGUAAGGCUUCUUUGUAUGCGAACAAAGACCAACGAAGUCCGCAAGCACAUUCAGGCAGAAUUGUCAGUUCAGGACAAGCAACAAACCGCGGUCCAUACAAGUCAAUUUUGAAAACACCGACACCAAGUCACCAAAAGGACAAUCAUUUACACAGAAGUCAGAUGCCUGCACGACACUUCCGAGAUAUUUCUGCGCGGAAUUCAGUAGAUAGCUACUUUAAACAGGGUUCGAGGCAUUUACAGCCAUCUAAAGACUCUGUAAACAGACUAGAGAACGACGCUUUCGCAAGGCCCCUACCAGCGAGACGUUCACUAACAAUGCCCCGAGCUCUUGGCUCUGACAAGGACAUCAGCUAUAACAAAACUGGACGUUUUGUUGGUAAAGAAUAUCCGGCGUCCAGUAGACCAGCUGUCGAGCUGAACUAUAACCAGUACCACAACGAACGAGAUGAAACGAAAAACACCGCAACACAGCCCGGAGGAGUUAACUUCAACAUCGUUGGGGUUACUUACCGAAGUGUGAACGAAAUGCCAUAUUUUUAUGACAUUAGAGGACUAGCUAACAGAAUUAACGAGUAUUCCUCCGGUACGAAAUCUCCGCUCAACGGUCAAGCACGUUUAGAGCAUUCCUCGGUUCCUAAGCCACUUAACCAGUUUGGUCCGUCCAAAAGGGAAGAAAGACAUUUUUCCGCAAUUCCUGCUAUUGAAGCGUUUAAUAGAAGAAACCGAGGUGCAAGAAGACAUUUUUCAAGCGCUUGGGCCUCAGAGCAGGUUACAAGCCCGAAGAGACAAUUACCGAGAGCUUGGCAACCAGCCAAGCAGUAUAAUUUCUCAACGAAAUAGAAAUGUUCUGCACUCAACUUUUACAUUCAGAUUUGUUCCUCAAAAACACGUCCUAGUAAGGAGGUUCUUUACAUUGGAAUGAUUUUACAAGUUACGUUCA